AUGGUCCGACCAAGAAUUCUUGUGUCGAAUGACGAUGGCAUUAAUGCGCCAGGAAUAAAGGCACUCAUCGCCGAGAUCGUCAAGGCAGAUUUUGCGGAUGUGUACGUUUGCGCGCCCUCGGGCGAGCGUUCGGCGCAAUCGCAUGCCAUUACACUUGGUCGCUACAUGAGCUGCGUCCGCGCCGAACCCUCGCCGGGCAUCGUUGAAGCUUACGCCGUGGACGGCACGCCAGCAGACAGUGUGAUGCUUGCGUUGUGCAGCCCGGUGUUCCAGGACGUGUCGUUCGACCUGGCCCUCAGCGGUAUCAACCGCGGGGACAACUGCGGUCUCCACGUCAUCUACAGCGGCACGGUGGGAGCCGCCAGAGAGGCGGCGUGCAAGGGUGUACCCGCCAUGGCAUUCUCUCUCGACAACCACUUGGCGCGGAAGCCGGACGACUACUCGCUGUCCUCGGCGCUUUGUGUGCCGCUGGCUGAGAGGGCCCGCGUCCCCUUGCCACUCCGGAGUCAGGUCCGCGUGUUGUGUUCCUCUUUCCCUCCCCCCACGGGCACCACCUCCCCCGGCACUACACAGAGCGUGGCAUGUGUGUUCCCGGCGUUCAAGGAGGUGACUGAGGCCCCGGGACCCCAUCUAGCGGAGAUUGACGAACACACGCCCAACUCCCGGGUCUUUCGGAACUACGCUGGCCUGGUGCAAGAGGACCAGGACGAGGGCGGUGAUGCCUGGGCGUUGAAGAACGGCUGGAUCAGCGUCACGCCCCUCAGCCUGUUGUCGCAUAUGUGUGCAAAACCGGAAGCCCGGUCAGAGACGGUGGUGGGCGCGGUUUCGGAGCUGGUGUCAAGAGCGGCGGCCGAGUCGGGGCUGUCGGCAGGGGGCCUGUCCAGGCUGUGA